CCAGUUCCCACCUCCCUUAAAGGAAAAGAGAGAAAGGCUUAGCCAAAUAAGAGGGUUAAGGUUAUGGGAGGGGGCAUAAACGUCUUCAGGCUUUGGUUGCUGGGAGCUCCUUGCUCUGCCUGUCUCUCUCCUAUCCCCCCCAAAUCCCCCAACUCCUCAGGUUUCUUUCCCUUGUCUUCCUCUCCAUGUCCUUCUUUCCUUCUUCAGGGUGGGUUAGGCCAGAGGAAGAGGAGGGUUAACCACCUCUCUCUCUCUCACCCCUCCCCAUGCUUCCUAGGGGCCCUGCAGGCCAGUCUGGGCAGCUGGGUGAAGCCCAUCUGGGCAAACUUGCCCUGGGGACUGCCUUUCCCCAGAGUCCUACAGCAGACCCCAGCUUCACUUUCAGGCUCCUGUCUGCUUCUCUAACCACAUUUCUGUUUCCCUUCCUGGGCUGCUGGGAAUCUGGUGAGGGAGAGGCCGUGUCCCGUGAGCCUCACAGAGAUGUUCAGUGUUUGGGAUCGUCAGGAGCGGCCCCCAGAGGAAGGAACAGCUGCAGGACUCCAGGGCUUCGGAGUGGACAAGACCUUCCUGUCUUCCCUCAAAGGCAUCCUGCUGGAAACUGAGCUGGCCCUGACCUUCAUAAUCUUCAUUUGCUUCACGGCCUCCAUCUCUGCCUACAUGGCUGCAGCGUUGCUAGAGUUCUUCAUCACACUGGCCUUCCUCUUCCUCUACGCCACCCAGUGCUACCAGCGCUUCGAUAGGCUUAACUGGCCUUGUCUGGACUUCCUCCGGUGUCUCAGCGCCAUCAUCAUCUUCCUGGUGGUCUCCUUUGCAGCUGUGACCUCGAGGGAGGGAGCUGCCAUUGCUGCUUUUGUUUUUGGCAUCAUCCUGGUCUCUGUCUUUGCCUAUGAUGCGUUCAAGAUCUACCGAACUGAGCUGAUGCCCAGGACCACAGAGGGUGAGUGUCUGCGCCCUGAGAGAGGAGACGCCCCUGCCUCUUGUCCCAGAUACUGCAUACAUGGUUUCCCUGCCUGGCUGCCUCUCCACAGGGGACCAGCAAUGAUUCCGGGGUUACCUCGCUCUCACGACCAGACACAAGGAACCAUAGAGCCCAUCUGUGUCGUCUUUGAAUUCACUGAACCCCGAGUGCCCACCAUCUACUCCACGUCUUCAGAGAUGUGCGCUUGA